AUGAGGGUGACCGAAGUCAUCAUCGACGGCUUCAAGUCGUAUGCCGUGCGCACCGUCAUCUCUGGCUGGUGCGUAACCACCUGCGCUCUCUGUACUGACAGACGACUGACUUGCGCAAAGNNGGACGAGAGCUUCAACUCAAUCACCGGUCUGAACGGAAGUGGCAAGUCCAACAUCCUCGAUUCGAUAUGUUUCGUUCUCGGUAUCACCAACAUGACGACCGUCCGCGCCCAGAACUUGCAGGACCUCAUCUACAAGCGCGGCCAGGCCGGUGUUACCAAAGCCUCAGUGACCAUCGUCUUUGACAACAAGGACAAGGCAAAGUCGCCCAUCGGUUUCGAAGACUACCCUACCAUCUCCGUCACUCGUCAAAUCGUCCUCGGCGGCACGUCUAAGUACCUCAUCAAUGGCCACCGCGCUCAGCAAACCACCGUCCAGAACCUGUUCCAAUCCGUUCAACUCAACAUCAACAAUCCCAAUUUCUUGAUUAUGCAGGGUCGUAUUACCAAAGUCCUGAACAUGAAGAAGGAGGAGAUUCUUGGAAUGGUCGAGGAGGCUGCAGGCACACGUAUGUUCGAGGACCGCAGAGACAAGGCUUUCCGUACCAUGGCAAAGAAGGAAAUGAAGGUUCAAGAGAUCAUGGAGCUCCUACGAGACGAGAUUGAGCCGAAGCUGGACAAACUACGACAAGAAAAACGAACUUUCCUUGACUUUCAACAGACGCAAAAUGAUCUGGAGCGCUUGACACGACUUGUUGUGGCAUAUGAUUAUCUCAAGAGCAAGGAGAAGCUUCGCAUGAGCGAAAAGGAUCUCAACGACAAGAGACAGAGAGCCAUGUUCCUCGAGGGUAAUGCCGAGAAGCUGAAGAAUGAGAUCGCCUUCCUGCAAGAAGAUAUGGACAAGGUCAAAGCUGCAAGAGACAAGGAACUGAGGAAAGGUGGUAAAUUCCAAGCUCUGGAGGACAAGGUCAAGGAACACUCUCAUGAGUUGGUCAGAUUGACCACAGUCUUGGAUCUCAAGAAGUCAAGCAUGGCCGAGGAGAGCGAAAACCGCGAAAAGAGUCAAGCGACCGUGCAAGAUUUGAGCAAACAACUUGAACAAAAGUCUCAACUACACAAGCAACUCCAGGAACGUUACGAUGCAGCCAACGCCGAGCUUCAGAAGCAAACAGCCGAGGUCGAGCAGAAAGAGGAACUUCUUCAGACAUUACAAACAGGUGUCGCAUCCAAGGAAGGUCAGGAAGGUGGAUACCAAGGUCAACUUCAGGACGCCAGGAGCCGACUAAGUGCCGCCUCAACCGAACAAGAGCAAGCAAAGCUCAAGAUCUCGCAUCUGGAGAAACGUCUCAAGGAAGAUGAGCCUCGCGCGAAAAAGGCAGAAAAGGAGAACGCUGGCUUACUAAAAUCACUCGAUGGCCUUCGUUCUCAGGCNAAAGAGCUGGAAGCUCAGCUUGCAAAGAUCGGCUUUGAACCUGGCCGUGAAGAGGCUAUGCACAAAGAACAAUCGCAGCUACAACAACGUAUCCGUGAAUUGAAAGAGCAGGCCGACGGUCUCAAGAGAAGAGUAGCGAACAUCGACUUCAGCUACAGUGACCCGACACCUAAUUUUGAUCGUUCAAAGGUCAAGGGUUUGGUGGCACAGCUGUUCAAUCUCGACAAAAACUUCACGCAAGCAGGAACAGCUCUGGAAAUUUGCGCUGGAGGUCGCCUGUACAACGUUGUGGUUGACACAGCUCAAACUGGUACACAGCUACUGCAGAACGGCAAGUUGAAGAAGAGAGUGACGAUCAUUCCCUUAAACAAGAUUUCUGCCUUCCGCGCUGCUUCUGAGGUAAUUCUGAACUGUGUAUGCUUUGUGGAAAGAUGA